CAAACCUUCAUCCUGAGCCAAAUAUCAAUUCUUUCGCAGUUUAUGGGACCUGCUGCUCCCAUUCGUUGUUCCCCUGUUACAGGUUCUACUCGAUAUUUGAGAUUCGUUGGCCCUGAGAACAAGAAGCUGUAUUGACACCGGAUAUGGGCUCGUUCACCAUCCACGGAUCCGGGCGCUUAGAACCAAGGGCUAUGUAAGACGGUUAGGCUGGCCCUGGGGAUAAGGAGCUGUAUUGGUGUCAGACAUGGGCCCGUUCACCAGGGAUCCUGGCGCUUAGAACUGUGAACUGUGUAAGGCUGGAUGGAUCUAUUGCAAGGUCAAGGAUUAAAUAAAUAUGUUCCUGAUUGACAAUCAUUUUUCCAGGGGCGAGCUGGUGAGUUUCCUGCAGGUGCCAUUGGCCUGUCUCAAGCAACAGUCCAAUGUUUCCAACAUGAAUUCUCUAUAACCGCCCGCUGGCAGAAUUCAAGCUGUUCAAAGGUCUCUGGGCGGGAGCCCCUGAACGUACCGUGUGUAUGUCGAGAAUAUAUAAACAUCGAUGGGGCACCCACGUUGCGAACAAUGACUCUACAACAUAAUCACUAUUCUGCAACUUCACUAUCUUAGUUUGUCCCCUAUCGAGAAGCCAUCUAGAAUUGGCAAACCCUUCCAGAAUAUAUCCCGCGUUGCCUUUAAGGAUUGACUUCCACGUCCCAGCGGCUUUCGAACAAUAUCUUUCCCGCGGAACUACGCAGAAACAAACAUAAUGAGUUGUCCUCCACUCGGCGAAUUUCAUAUCGGUUGGAUCUGUGGCCUUCCAAUCGAGGCUGCCGCCGCUAGCGCAAUGCUCGAUGAAGAAUUUGGAGUUCUCGAUCAGCAAGAUCCAGCAGAUAAAAAUAUCUACAAACUUGGCCGAAUGGGCAAACACAACAUUGUGAUUGCCUGCCCAUCUACAAGACCAAAUGGACCUGCCUCAGCUGCCAUAGUCGUUAAUAAUAUGGUUCGCACGUUCCCUCAAUCCUUGCGGAUCGGCCUCAAGGUUGGGAUUGGAAGUGGUCUUCCGUCUGCCGUACACGACAUACGCCUUGGUGAUGUUGUCAUUAGUUACCCGUUUGAUAAAUGUGGAGGGUUACUUCAAUAUGACUUGGGAAAGUGCGUCGAUGGUAGUGAGCUUUAUCGGACUGCUUCCUUGAAUAACCCUCCAAGUUUAUUGUUGGCAGCAGCCAACGUUAUGAGGGCCGCUGAGUUCAUAGAGGAUCCUCGCUAUCCGCAAUACAUGAAAGAUGCAGUCGGCAGAAAUGCCCUGACUAGGAAGAAUUUCAAUCGACCUAGCGUGCAAGACGAUCGGUUAUUCAGAAUCGAGCGUGAACACCCUGCUGGCGCGGCUGGCUGUGAGGGAUGUCCGAAAAAGUGGGAGGUGUCUAGACAUGAACGCGAAUGCAAUGAUCCACGGACGCACUACGGUAUUAUCGCCUCUGGGAAUGCCGUUAUAAAGGAUGGACGGAAAAGAGAAGAUUUUCAGUUGGAAACUGGGGCUCUGUGUGUUGAUAUGGAGGCAGCGGGUAUGGUGGCCGACUUUCAUUGCCUCGUUAUCCGCGGUAUCUGCGACUAUUCGGAUUCGCACAAGAACAAGCAAUGGCAAGGAUAUGCAGCCCUCGCGGCCGCAGCGUAUGCCAAAGACUUGCUGGGGUAUGUACCCAAAGGCAAUUCUUCGAAGGAGGUGCACGCAAAGGUUAUUCUACGAAAAUUUUAGCUGAAGAAGUUUAGAGAGCCGCCAAUCAGCGAUCUGAGAGAGCAUUCAAUCAAACAGAACAACUCUAUCGCGAGGAUACGGCUAAAGUGUUGGCUGAUGAGCGGCGACUGUGUCACCAGGCUUGCAAAAUAUCCAAUUAUGAGCGACAGAAGGACAUCAAUCCGUAUAGACUACCAGACAUGUAGCAUCCAAAUUACCCCCGCUGGCGGGACAGAUUUAUUACUGUGGAUAUCAGCUAGCCCUCUGGCUGUUUUGUAAUCCGUCCUAGCGAGAUCCCCUGUCGACGAGGACCGACCUGAAAGAAACUUGGUGGGCAAUAAUUUUGUUUAUUAUUCUUUUAAGUUAUCGGAGUUCAUGGUAUAUAAAAUUCUUUAACCUUUGAUAUUCCGUGGUCUUGCCGCUCAUGCGUAUUUCUUAUCUACGGUACAAAGUACAUGUACAUUAAUCCGUACACACAACUACGUCAUUUCACCAUUUGCAACCCUCAUUUCUUCAUUUUUAAAUCGGCACAGCUCAGCAGGGAAUUCUGAAACAAACUGGCAACAACUUCUAUAUAUAUAUAUAAUCGCAUGAGGGGGCUGAACAUCUAUCCGUGAACUCACUUGUGAUUGAAGCUAUUGAAUUCCUAAUAUACAUAUCAAAUACCUUGCUCUUUUCCAUAUCUCUGUGUUUAUUUAUAGCAACACUUGAUGAUUGCGGGGCCGCAUGUCAGCGACAAUUAGCCUCCCUUUCUUCAUUUUUCGUCAUUUUUUUCACUUUCAAUUUUUAAAGUUAAAGGAAUCAACAAAUCGUUCAACAGCAGUUUUUGUUUAAUUAAACAUAUCAUUUCUUAUGAGUGUACUAGUAGUCUUGUCUUCACAGUAUGAUGAUGUUCUGUCAGUCUCGAUUCUGUUCGGGACAUCUCAGUAUUCUUCAUUAAUUUUCAUAUUGCAAUUUUUUCUCUUGCCACUGUCCUCUUUUCUUUUUCUCAUCGUUGUUUAGCGCGGCAAGGGAGGUUGAAUGGACCCUGUAGAGGCGCAAGGGGCAGGGAGGGACGUUAUCGAAGCCAGAAAUAGCCGGUUGAGCCGCCACCCGAGCCGGCUCGUUUUGGAUUUGGAAUUUGCCCUGCUGUUGCGGCCACGCAUGGCGAAACUCCUGUAACUAAUAAUAAUAAAGAAUUAUGCGGUCCGUCAGUUCCCGGAUUCGCUGCUGGACCAUAGUGUCGUGUCGAAGCACAUCGCUAGAUGUGCUCCCAGAGUAAAGCCGAGACAAAAGAGCUCCUGUUCGGAAACGCGGGCGUGUCCAUUGGACCUCGAAAGUUAAACACCGCCCCUUGGCAGCUACAUACGUAUAGCAGAGCUGGGGUGGAAGCAGCUGUUUGGACGUAAAAAAAUAGAGAAAAUAAAGAUAUAAGGGGGAAAACGACAUCACUACUGUACUGCACGGCACCCUCAGUACGGAGUACAUAAAAAGAAAAGCAAAACAAAGGCUGGUAAAUGAGAUAGGCUGGAUUGGAGGCACUCGAGAAAAAGCGGCCUUGCCAG